UUUUACUUGCCUGAUCAAAACAAAUCUUCACUAUUCAUCACUGGAUCAAUCUCCUUCUCCAAUUAAUCCACCAUUAUUACAUUUCCUUCAAGAAUGGCAGAUGGAAAUGCGCAAUCUAGAUACGUAAAAUUGACGAGAGAAGAUCAAUCAUCCAUGGAAGACAUCGUUACCGGCGAACUUAAUCAGCCUAUUCAAGUUCCUGAGUUAAAUGUUCAUAGGUGUGUUGAAUGUCGACAAAUUUUACCUGAAACGUAUGAGCCUCCUUCUGAUGAAGAAUGGACUACUGGAAUUUGUUCGUGUCUUGAUGAUAUUGAUAGUUGUCGAACUGGACUAGUGUGCCCGUGUAUGUUGUUUGGACGGAAUGUUGAGACGCUGAGAGAAGAUAUUCCGUGGACGAAUGCUUGUGUUUGUCAUGCUAUGUGUGUUGAAGGUGGACUUGCACUUGCUGCUGCUACUGCAUUCUUCCACGGUAUUGAUCCUAAGACCUCUUUUCUCAUUUGUGAGGGUCUGUUUUUUGCUUGGUGGAUGUGCGGGAUUUACACUGGUCUUUUUCGACAAUCCUUGCAGAAGAAAUAUCAUCUCAAGGACUCACCAUGCGAUCCAUGUCUGGUGCAUUGUUGUUUGCAUUGGUGUGCCUUGUGCCAGGAGCAUAGGGAGAUGAAGAGCCGUCUAUCUGACAAUUCUGCUAUGCAGAUGACUGUUGUUAACCCUCCACCCGUUCAGCAGAUGAACUCUGACGAGAAUUCAUCUGCAUCGCCCGCGACGGAUGCUCAAUCUUCUAGAGACGGUGAACGCACCAAUUUAGAGAUACAGCGUGUGUAGUCUGUAAUAAUCGAUGGUUUGCGAAAUUGGAUAUUAUAAAGAGUGGAGUUCAUUUCUUUAUUAUUUUUUCCUACGGGUGGGCCUCUGAACUGGGGCAACUUACUCAGGAUUCAAUUAUAAAUAACAAUGACAGCAUUUUCA